AUGGUUCUUUUGCCUUGUGGCCUUUGGCCACUCUUCAUCCUCCAAGUGCUGCGGGAAGCUGAGAGCCAGGAGUCCUUGGCCCAGGAGCAUGGGCUAGAGCUGCUGCAGCAACGGUUGCAAUUGCACGUCGGUGGCGCCCCUGAGCGGGAGCAGGCAGAGCCCAUGACCUGGGUGCACUUUCCAAAAGCCGGGAGUAGCUUCGUCAACACCCUCAUCCACAUGCCUGGCUUUUGCCCUGUGCUGGCUCCAACAUUCUCCGUGAACGAGGAAAGCCUUGGAUGCCGUUUCAUCACCAACUUCUUCAAGCUCUGCCACGACCUCUGCGAUCCCACACACAUGCGCUGUCAGGCGAGUCCGCACGAGUGCAUCGGCAGCAGGUAUCAAGAGCUUCGGGGCCACAUGGUCGGGUUUUUUCGGCAGCCUGAGCAGCGGUGUCUCUCGGCCUACCAUGACGAGAUGCGCACAUGGAUGGUACUUGGAACCGACUGCACAGGGCAAAACAGUACAAAGCCACCAGCACCAAUGUUUGCUCGAUAUUUUGCUGGGACCGUGGCCUACCAACUGGUAGGAGAAGGACUCGAAGAUUGGUGGGAGGGUGGGCAUUGGAUGAUCCCCGGCCUGGCGCACAUCCCGGAAAGGACCAUGGCCAUGGCUGAGGAAGCCGCGCAGCGCGUCCGUGACGGAUUUGCCUUUGUGGGUAUCACAGAGGAGUGGGACUUGUCCAUCUGUCUGUUCCACGCCAUGUUCGGUGGCCAGUGCAGCGCUACUGACUUCGAGGACACCAGAAGCGCGUCCCCAGGCAAGAGCGCAGAGGACCUCUAUGACACAACGCCGCUGGAGGGGUUUCAUGACCAGAUCGACGGCCUGGUCUACCAAGAAGCUCGCAGGAUCUUUGAACAUAAUUUGCUUAAAUUCAAUGUUACCGUGGACUCGUGUCGCGGUUGCUUCAUGCAAGCUGGCUUAGAGCUUUCUUGA